UAUCCUGCUAUACGAUCACAUGGCAACCCUCCCAGAAGAAAUCAUGUUUAUCUGGCGUCGUCCAAAAUCAAUGUCUGCAGUGUUAUUUCUCGUCAAUCGCUAUGUCGCCGUGCUCGGUAAUAUCUUUGUCCUAAUGAGUGCUUUCCUACCCGUUUCAACUGAGGUUUUACAAUGCUGUAUAUGUAUUCGACUGACAGGCUCACUGUAUCUCUACAGAGGUUUCAAGUUUACUUCUUCAAUAUCUACUAUUUUGCUCAUCAAGGACUUAGCUGUUGGAAAUAUGUGAUGGUCAUACACGUGUUACGUGUUUUCCAACAAAUCUUCAUUUGCCUCACAUUGACUCUUCGCACUUAUGCUC